AUGGACGUUGAUGGCCGUAUCAAAGCCUACAAAUUUGUUGCCUAUGCAGCUGUAACAUUCUCUGCUGUUGCCGUACUGUCAAUAUGUGUUACCCUACCAAUGGUCUACGAUUAUGUUCAUCAAAUACGACGACAAGUGAACUCGGAAGUUACAUACUGCAAAGUUAGCGACCCAGGACCACAAGGACCACCAGGACCGCCAGGUCUUCCUGGUGCAGACGGACUUCCAGGACCAAUGGGACCGAAAGGACCAGCAGGUCCAGAUGGAGCUGCAGGAGAAGACGGAAAACCAGGUCCACAAGGGCCGCCUGGACCUCCUGGUGCAGAUGGCAAACGUGGUGUUUGCCCGAAAUACUGUGCUAUCGAUGGUGGUAUUCUUUACGAGGAUGGCACUCGUCGUUAA